GUAUCACAUAUAUCCCUCCGUUAUCGAGAAGAAGUCUUGAAAUUCCAAUGCGUUUGAGCCUCACUUAUCUUGAUGUUCCCUGAUAUUCCACUUGACUCAAAGCCUAGAAUAGCAACUAGGUUGCCUACACCAUGGAGAAGAUUGUCUCAAAGGGCCUUAUGAUGGGGGCUGCAAUCAUGUUCACGGCGAUGCACCGUGAACACACGAUAUAUAAUUGCGUUACUUUUGGCCUGUUUAGCCUUGGCACGGCCGCACACAUUGCGAGUCUGCGCGUAACGAACCUCGCCUUGUACCUAUUAAUCGCAAUACCAUUCCCAUCAGCUCUGGCCGCCGCUGCAGUAUGCCUGCCUCAGUUCAUCCCAGCCCUGGGGUAUAUGCCUGUGAUAAUUGCCUUCUGGCUCUGGAUGAUUGAGGAUUGUUCCAAUCUCCACUCGGAGGUGUACUGCCUUCCGCCGUGGUGGUCACACGCCAUGCACCCUGAUGUUGCGCGAAGUACGGCAACUGAGAACACGGUGGGGAUCCAUGACCUAGUAGGUCCAGACUACAGGGUCGACGAUGGUGAUGAUAACGAUCAUGAAAGCCUCUUGUUGAAGUACAUGUGGACUCCUAGUCAAAGUUGUGCCCCAAGUUCCAGACUCUCGGACAUUUCGCUGUCAUCAAGUGGACUCGAAAGCUUGCCCUCAUCCUGGGGAACAUUGACCCGAAUCUGGUUUCCAGAGUUUUCAGCCCAAGGAGAUGAUUUAUGCCGGAGAUCACGAACCGUUUAGGAUCCUUUUAUCUUCCAGGGAGAUGUGCCAAGCAAUACCGCUUUCCAUCAUGGAUUUAAUAGUGUCGAACCAGGAGAUUCUUACAACCCGGGAUGCUUUCUGUUCUUUUUUUUAUUUUUCUUUUUUUUACCCUCGUUGCAAUAUAUAGGC